AUGACGACGCACCAAGACCUACCACAUUCCCAUCCCCCUGAUCAGCAACCGCCAUUGGAGAAUGAGAUGCCCAAUGAACCGCUUGAAAGUGAAGUGCCAUUGAAGCGUGGUCGAGGACGUCCUCGCAAGAAUCCAAUGCCCAAAGAUGAUGAAACAGCACCGGAUGUUCCUGAACAGUCGAAACGACGCCGAGGACGACCACGUAAAGAAUCCAAGACAGCUGAGAUUCAUGCAGCACAAGAGGAAUCUUUGACAACCCACUCAGUUGCAUCCAAUCUUGAACCUAAGCGUGGUCGUGGUCGCCCAAGAAAGAAAGUGUCAUCGCCAAUAGCAAAGCCAAAACGUGGUCCAGGACGUCCUAGGAAGUAUCCACGACCUGAAGACAAUGAUUCAGCAACACCACCUAUCAAAAGGGGUCCUGGAAGACCAAGAAAGAAUCCACUACCUGAAAAUGAAGAAUCAGCAUCAACAACAGCACCCAUUAAGCGAGGACGUGGUAGACCAAGAAAGCAUCCACGACCUGACGAUAAUGAUUCAGCAACACCACCUAUCAAAAGGGGUCCUGGAAGACCAAGGAAGAACCCACUACCUGAGGAUGGAGAAUCAGCAUCAACAACACCACCCAUUAAGAGAGGACGUGGCAGACCAAGAAAGAACCCACUACCUGAGGAUGGAGAUUCAGCAUCAACAACAACACCCAUCAAAAGGGGUCGUGGCAGACCAAGAAAGCACCCAAUACCAGAGGAUCAAGAAUCAGCAUCAACAACACCUAUCAAAAGGGGUCGUGGUAGACCAAGAAAGCAUCCACGACCAGAUGAUUUGGACAAUGAGCAGCCGCCUAUCAAACGAGGUCGUGGUAGACCAAGAAAGCAUCCACUACCUGAGAAUGUGGAAACAUCAGCAGCAAAUGAGCAUCCGCCUAUCAAACGAGAACUUGGUAGACCAAGAGAGGAUCCACUACCAGAUGACCAUGUCGACAUCAAGGCUGAGUCAUCCGACAAAGUAGAUACACCCACCUCAUUAAUUGAAGAAGAGCAUCAAGAGUAUUCUCCUCCUAAUCAAGCUGCAGCAGUAAAAGAUCAUCCAGGGGAAUCAUCGCAAGCAAACGAAACAACCAACAAUGAAACGAGUAAGCAUCUUAUCGACGCAUUAUGUAGCAAGAAUUAA